CAAAACUACGACUAUCAGUUUAAUGGACACCACAUGUAUAUGCGGUGGCCAGCAAAUUAUUAUCUUUCAAAAUGACUCCGCAAUCACCCGCAGAUGCCUCUAAAAGCAAAGCCAAACUAAUUCGCAAUGCCCGCCGCCUCCUCAUCCUGUCUCCCUCUUCUCAAUCGCAGUCGCUCAUACCAUCACUCCUAAAACAACUUACCGGUCACCCGCCAUCAGACACGCAAAUCCAGACACAAAGUUUCGCUGGCUACACGACCCAUCCGCCGCUGCGGAUCGAGAAUCGGUACUAUGUAGCUGAUGUUCCGGUUUGGGUUGAUGAGAUUCCGGUGUUUGGGGGUACGGACGUUAGCGCAAAUGGCGAGCAGGUAUCCGAUUCAGAAUCUACGGCGAAGGAGGUAUCGGUAUCCGAAGCAGAACAACGAACUGGUGAAGGGCUGGGACGAAAAGACGCAUGCGCACAAUGGUCUCAAGAAUUUUCCAGUCCUGAGGCGCGCGUUGUCCGUGAUGCGAUUGGGGCCAUUAUGAUCUGUCUCCGGAACCCGAGGCCGAACGCGGAACCGCCAGCUUCGACUUCUGGCAGGAAAGGGACGGGUAUACCCAGCGAUGACAGCGAAGAUUCGGACGAAGUGCGCGGGCUAAAGGCAUUCGUUCGUGCCGUGGGAGCAGUCCGUACACUCAUUGAGGAGGAGCAGGGAGAGAUUGGCUCAGUCCCCGGAAUAUUGGUUUUGGGUGGGAAGAAGGAGAAGAAAGAAGAGAAACCUAAGGCUGGUGGAAUGAGUGAAGACACUCUUGGACUGGACCCAGAUUUAGGUGCUGGGCUUGACGGAGAGCUAGAUGAGCCGUUUUCGAUCGGUUGGUGGGAGGGUCAGCUGUGUGAGAUGGGUUUAAUAGGGUUCGAGGUUGUUGAGUGGGAUUGGACGCGGAUCCAAGAGGGAGAGGAGAGGAAUCAAUAUGGAGAGCUCCAGGGUAUGCGCCGAAUUAAGGAAGUCCUCGAGACUCAUGAAUGGGCUGGAGAUGAGGAGGGAGAAGUCGACACCAGUCUCCCAGACGAUGAUGAUGACCUGGAGCGCGAGCUCUUGGGUCUAGAUAAAGAGGCCACCAGCGGCUUCAAAGAUGAGGUUGACGAGCUCCAGCGGGAGAUGGUGGGCUUGCGAUUUGCCAUCGGGCGAUGCGGAGAUGGGAAUGUCGAUGAAGAUGAAGGAGACGAGGAACUCCGUGUCGAUGCCGUUGAGGCGCUCUUGGCGCGCAUGAGAGCUAUUAAAGAUAUGAGUGCCGAGUUGCCGGAAAAGGAGAGGAAACGAUUCGCAGCAAAGGCUGUAGCGGAUAUUAUGAAGGAGAUCUAG